AUGCGGAUGCCAGCUAUGAGUCCUACUAUGACAGAAGGGGGUAUAGCCGGAUGGAAACUCAAUGAAGGGGAUAAGUUCUCAGCGGGGGAUGUGUUGUUGGAGAUUGAAACGGACAAAGCCACUAUCGACGUCGAAGCUCAAGAUGAUGGGAUUCUCGGAAAAAUCCUCGUUAAAUCCGGAACGUCGAAAAUACCUGUGGGACAAGUCAUAGCUGUUCUUGCUGAAGAAGGGGACGAUUUGGCGAGUAUAGAGAUUCCAACAGAUCUCGCGCCUGAAGAUCCGGAGAAAUCCGGUGGGCUGCCGACUGCUGAACCUCCUAAAGAGAAGAGAACGGAGACGAAGGGAUCUGAGCAGAAAGAGGUUAAAAAGGAGGAUGUUAGCGAGAAGGUGGAAAAGGUGGAAAUCAAGAAGGUGAAAUCUUCGAGACCGUUGUUCCCAGGCGUAGCGAGAUUAUUGGAAGAGACUUCUCUCACGACCGCUCAGAUCGACAAGAUCCAAGGGACGGGAAGAGGUGGGAUGAUCACCAAAGGUGAUGUCUUGGUGGCGUUGGGCAAGAUCAACAAUCCCUACGGAUCAGCUGAAAAGCUCAUUACGGACGUCAUGGGACCAAGCGGGAAACGUGCUAGUGAGGUGAGUAGAUUUGCUCAUCUCAUAUUGAAAGAAGUACCCCGGGACGCUGCAGGUAUUCGACGUCUGAUUGUGGCCGGUAUGGCUAAGGCGUCUCAGCUUCGUCCUUCCUUGAAAUUGACACAUUCAGUCACCUCCUUGUCCCCCUCCUCCGAUGCCGCCUUUGACGCUAUAUUAUCUCCAUAUACAUCUUUACUCCCUCCUGCCCAACCCGACGUCCCCUUCCCAUCCAAUUCGGAUUUAGUCAGUAUGGAAAGCAGGAGGUCUGCGGUAAUAGACGAAUAUGCGGGAUUGUUCUAG